AACCUCACUGUGGAGGACUCUGGAACCUACCAGUGUGCAGUGGAUAUAAAGAGAUGGACAGACAAAUACAAAGCAGUGAAACUGAAGGUGAAGGCAGAACCACAAGUGCCAGCACCUUCAGCAUCUUCAUCAUCCUCAUCGAACACAACUGCACAAACAACAUCUAAAACCACAGUGACCACCUCUGAGUGUAUAGAGAUUCCAAUUUCAACCUCAACACCACAUUCAUCAUCACGCAUCAGUCCACAGUUCACCAAAACAUCCACAUCCUCAGGAUCCAAACACACAUCAGCUUCUUCUCCUGAUACAGGAUUUCCAUCUUCCACUGUGAUCAGUGUUGUGUGUGUGACUCUAGUGCUGCUUCUGAUGGGAACCUCAUUCCUCAUAGUGACUUUCAGAAAGAGAAGCAAGAUGCAGGCAUCAUGCAAAGGCCAAGCCCUCCAAGACAUCUCACACAACCAUGAGGUUCCACUUGCUGUCUUUGACUAUGAGGAGAUUAAAGACCCCAGACACAAUGGAGCUCCUACAGUCUACUCUACUGUCUGUCUACCCACAAACCCCUCUGAUCCCUCCAAAACUGUUUAUGCUUUAGCUCAACCACCGUCAUGCUCCCAUGAUAUGGACAUUUACUCUACAGCUCAAUUACCCACAACUCCAUCUGAUUCCUCAGUAGGACACGGUCAACAAUUGGCCAGCACAUCUGCUGAAGGACUCAUUUAGGCAGCAGUGAUGUUCCAUAAGAGAACUGAUAGUUCUGAACAUGUCGUUACCACGGAGACCUUUAAGACUCAUGCGACUAUGCUACUGUCAAUCAUGACCCAGGAAGUGGUUAGGUUAGAGUUGUAUGUUUUUACCCAAAAUUCACUGAUUGUUUAUGAAAGUGUAUAACUUUCCCUUUCACUUACUUUGCCUUAAUAUCUAUCUAAGCAGGUGUUUUAUUUUCUCUAAGUUAAGAUGGUGGGAGAGUGGUUGAUCCACAUUAACAAUGGUUUUGUGUCUCUCAUAAACAAUCACCACCAUUGUUUACAGAUGAGACAUAAAUUUACAGUUUGGCUUGAUAUGUUCUUUACACACUGGUUACACACAGGACUUCCAUAUGGAUUGAAGACUAAUUUGAGGACUACAGUAGUUACCCACAACCCUCUAUGAUUUCUCACAUUCUGUUUAUGCUACUGCUCUAUAACCCUCUCUCUCAGGACAUUUACUGCAUUGCUCGGUUACCCACAUUUCUGUCUUGAUUGCUCAGCAGUCAGCAGGGACGUAUGCUGAAGCUGCAGCUUAUGCUACAGUGAAGUUCUAUACGAAUGCAGAUAGAUCUAAUGAUGCUGUUACCAAGGAGACCUUUAAGAAAGCAAUCACAAUGUUUUCAUCAGAAGGAUCUUUUUAUCUAGAUUUGUGCAAUGUGUACCUGGACAGGCAUCAUGUGCUUGUCAUUA